GAGUCAGCUCUGAAUGCGAGCUUGUCUACCAGUUUUAGCAGCGGUUCUAUCUGGAUCCUCCGCGCACAGCCCUCAACAAUUACUGACAAUUACAGCCUUUUUCUUCAUUUGGAAGACAGUUCUCCAUCAUGGGCGAUAAGAAGAGCCCUACCAGGCCAAAAAGACAAGCAAAACCGACUGCUGACGACGGCUAUUGGGACUGUAGCGUCUGCACCUACAGAAACAGUGCCGAGGCAUUUAAAUGCAGCAUCUGCGACGUGAGGAAGGGCACAUCCACAAGGAAACCCAGGAUCAACUCCCAGCUGGUGGCUCAGCAGGUGGCUCAGCAGUACCCAGCCCCUCCGCCACCCAAGAAGGAGAAGAGGGAGAGGAGCGAGCGGCCUGACAAGGAGCGUCCGGACAGCGAGCGUGGAGACGGCGAGCGUCCGGAGGGAGAGCAGCUGGAGGGGGAGCACCCAGAAAUGGAGCGCCCAGAGAUGGAACGCCCAGAGAGGGUGAGGCCCGAUGGGGUGAGGCCCGAGGGGGUGAGGCCCGAGGGGGUGAGGCCCGAGGGGGUGAGGCCCGAGGGGGUGAGGCCCGAGGGGGUGAGGCCUGAAGGACUCAAGCCUGAGGGAGAAGUUCUGGAGAAGGACAAGAGUGAGAAGGAGAAGCCGCUGAAGGAAAAACCAGACAAGGAGAAGGACAUCACUCCAGCCAUUACCAAGAAACCCAACAGCAAAAAGACCAGACCCAAGACAGACACCCACCCGAGUCCUCCCAGUGACAAACGCAGCAUACAGUCUGGGAAGUCGGCAACCAAGACCAACAAAACCUCUCACAUUUCCAGGCCCAAGCUGAAGAACAUUGACCGGAGCACUGCCCAGCAGCUGGCUAUCACCGUGGGGAACGUGACGGUCAUCAUCACAGACUUUAAAGAGAAGACGCGCUCCUCGUCCACGUCCUCGUCCACCGUGACGUCCAGCGCAGGCUCCGAACAGCAGCACCAGAGCUCCGGCUCCGAGAGCAUGGACAAGGGCUCCUCUCGGGCCUCCACCCCCAAAGGAGAGCUCUCAGUCGGGCAUGACGAGUCCUUCUGAAAACCCGCUUCCCUGGACACUCUGAAGGGACUGUGUGUGGAUUAUUUAGGGGGGAGGGGGGGUGUGACCUUCCUACUGCUGCUCCGCCUCCAUCAUCACCACCCCUGUACGCUGACAGCGCUGGCUGUCAGAGAGGAGCUGGCAUGUGAAGCUGGAGGAAAGGCACCCUCUGCUGAGGACCUUGUUCAUGGGUACACACACGGCACAGACAGCAGAGGGGCUGUGGGGAACACUGCUACCGUGGUGGCAUCCUGACACUUGUAUGUAUUGUUUUAUAUUUGUACGUGAAUGUGCGGCUGAAUCAAGUUUUUUUUUUCCCCGUUUGUUUGUUUUUGUAAAAAGAAUUACCUGCUGUGCACAAUAACCACCAACAUUUUAACAACUUAUUAUCCUUAUUUAUUAUUUGUUGCACCUGUAUACGAUUUUAAAAUGUCCUUUUGUUCAAGCUUCGCUGUGUAGCUCUACAGAUGACACCCUUGUUCAUACAGUUGUAAUAGUCAGAUAAGGCAUGACUAUUGAGACACCCACAUUGGUGCUAGAUACACUGUGAACCGGUUUCAGACAUGGAACUGCCAUUCACUCAAAGUGCUAAUAACCCAGAACCAGGCUACUUAACCCUUUGACUGUCACUCUCAUUUAUGUUUGGACCUCCUUGUGGUCUUUCAGGUUGAUAUGUAUAGGUCUCUGUGCAGCAGAAAAAGGUUAACUGAAGUUCAACUUUAAAAACAGGUUGUUUGUCUAUGAUUUAGUUUGAAAUAGCAUAUACCUUAUACAGUGUUUCCUGUCCUUAACUGUAUAUUGUAGGCUAUUGUGUAAAACACUAAAGCUGUUGAUGUUUUUGCAUUCGAUAAUUCAGUAGGCUACCAGUUUUGAAGUUGAGGGUCAGUGUCCACUAUGAGCCAACUUGUUUUCUAUUAUGACUGAAGGAAAGGCAAUGGGAGGUUUCACCCCCCAAGACUAAACUGUAGUACAGGCUUGGCUAUUCUCACCUUGACAAAAUAUUACUUUCAAUUACAUCUAGUAAACCAGAAUAUUCUAAUCUGAACAUCUCCAGAGGAUUCAUAACUCAGUUGUUACUUUAUUAGGUCUUUUUAAGACUCCAAUAUGUCACUGAAGGCAGAAACAUUGCAAGUCAUAGAUGUAGGCUGAUUUGACGUCUUUUUGGUGCAUUUUCAAGCCGUAAAAGCUUAACUUGAGCUGAAUAACCAGUUACAUGGUUAGGAACGUUCACCAGCUGAUACUUGCCCAAACUAAUUUCCUUUUACGUGUAUUAAAUUGUACAAAGAAUAAAUGUGUAUAAGAUAUCUUAGUUUUAUUUAUUGAAGGACCAAAGGAAUUUCAUAAUGAAGAUGGAUAGACAAAUGAAUAACAAUUUGAAAUGCAAUUAUCAUGUAUGAAAUGAAAUACAUUUUAAAUAAAGUAAUAUAAUCCAUUUAAAUGCCGUAAUUCUUGUCCAUUUCAAAAUGAACUUGACUCAAUAGAUGGAUUUGAGUAUCAGCACAGCAUAGGGUAGAUUAUAGUCUUUAGAGAAUAUUGUAUCAAUCGACAAAAUGUAAUCAAUCACAAGUGAAAUAUUCCAUUCAUGCACUACAAGAGUCUAUGACAAGCAUACAGGCAGUUGAGGUGAAUGAGUGAAACCCCAGCCUUCUGCUAGCCUGUCCAUCAGCCCCCUCUUCUACUGAGACGGUCUCUCUUCACAGAUGUGCUCAGGCUCGCCAGGCUAGGUGACUGCAGUACCAGUCUAUGUUGGAGUGGAGUCUCAAGUUAUAGGAGAGGCAACUCGGCUGAAGUGACUAUAAUCGUGUGUGUUGGUAUUCGAUGUUUGUUGGCCCACAAGGCAGGUGUGGUUUGUUUUGACUUCCUUUUGGAAACAAAAUAAUAUUCUACUUCAGCUGAUAUUUUAUCAUUCAAAUUUGUAUCACUUUUGUACAACUGCAUUGCAGAAGGAACAGAUUAUUAAAAGAAAAUGUUAACUUAACUAAAUCAAUGGGGUGUUUCUUGUAGAAAGUAAAAACUAAGAAUUUAAAUAUAAUUUGAAAUGCAAUCGAGAAGAAAUGGCCCUAAAAAGCCAUCUUGUCACAUGCCUUACCAUAUGAAACCAUAAUCACUUGACUGACGUCUGUGACAGAAAUGAUUAAUUGUAUCUUAAAUUAUUGAAAGAUGUCCAUUUGCUCAGUAUAUAAAAUGUUGCUUGUAUAUAAAGUGUAUGAUUUGAAAUGGAGCCAACACUUAGAGAAUGGCAUUGAGCUAAACAGUCUCUUGCUUGUUUCUUUGUCUCUUACGCGCAAGCAGUUCUGUUCUUGUGUGCGACCAGUAACCUUAAUUUACUGUGUAAAGAUGGUUACAUUUUUUAGCUUUGUUUGUCGGCGACCCAAAUAUAGAAUGCUUAUUUACUGACUGUAUAAUGUCAAUCUUGUGAAUUUCCUAUUUAAAUGUAUUAUACAAGCUCUUCAUUUUCUCCUUAUACAAUUGUCUUGUACAAUGCUUUCAAAGUAAUGCUCAGUAAAAGUAUAUAGGGUCAGUAUAUUAACCCCUUCUUUGUUUAAUCUUGUUUGCUUUCUGUUUCCUUUUCUAACUACUUGCUGAUGUCAUUGUGAGAUGUGUCACAUGAUGUCCCUGAUGUGGAGAUGUGAGAGGGGCGUUCACACGAUCACUGCUCCUUGUCUAGCGUAUAACAUGUUGACAUUAUAUGUGUCCUGGCAUGUGCACGACUUUGCGCUUAUAGGCUUAUCUUAUAAUUUCCUCCGCUUCAAAAUAGAAAUGUCUAUUUAUGAAUUUUGCUUGUAGUUUUUCACAAAUAAAAUGU